GCGAUGUGGUAGCGCGAGGCGGCGGCCGCCAUGCACACCCCCGUAGCCACCAUGGAGCGGCCCUCCUCGUCCUCGGCCGGCCUCUCCACCAGCCGCGACGACCAGGACAACUUCACCAACAGCAUCCUGUGCAUCCAGGAGGAGCUCGGACAGCUGAGUGGCAGCCCCACGGCAGUGGACGAGUGCUGUGGGGGCGGCGGCAGCCCCCUGGGCGCCCAGGCACCCUCACCGCCCCCACCGGCCCAGGCAGAGGUGUGCAGUGCCGGCCCCCGCGGCCCGCAGGACCGAGCCGGCUGGAUCGACGGCCUCAUCGGCUGUCUGCGCCCCGUCUGGACCAUUAUUGGCAAGGCCGCCUCACACGAGAUCAAGAGCAAGCAAGAUGACUGGGAAAUACCCUUUGAAGAUAUCAGUGAUUUGCAGUGGUUGGGAUCUGGAGCUCAAGGUGCUGUUUUCAGUGGCAAGUGGAAGAAGGAAAUGGUUGCGGUGAAGAAAGUACGUGAACAGAAGGAAACUGAUAUUCGGAAUCUCAGGAAGCUUAAUCAUCCGAAUAUUGUACAAUUCAAGGGAGUUUGCACACAGGCUCCAUGUUACUGUAUAGUCAUGGAGUAUUGCCCAUAUGGCCCUCUGUACAAUCUGCUUAAGGAUGGAGAGGAAGUACCUCCUGCUCGUCUUGUGAGGUGGUCAAAGGAGAUUGCUUCUGGAAUGAAUUAUCUUCAUCAACACAAGAUCAUUCACCGAGAUCUUAAAAGCCCAAACGUUUUGAUUGGAAGAGGAGAAAUAGUGAAGAUAAGUGACUUUGGAACAAGCCGUGAAUGGAAUGAAAAUAGCACAAAAAUGACAUUUGCUGGUACUGUAGCCUGGAUGGCUCCAGAAAUUAUACGAAAUGAACCCUGCUCUGAGAAAGUAGAUAUUUGGUCUUAUGGUGUUGUGCUGUGGGAACUGCUGACCUGUGAGGUGCCCUACAAAGAUGUAGACUCAUCAGCAAUUAUGUUUGGAGUGGGGAACCAUUCCUUACAAUUGCCAAUACCAAGUACCUGCCCGGAUGGCUUCCGCCUCCUCAUCAAGCAGUGCUGGAGUGACAAGCCCCGCAACAGGCCAUCAUUCAAACAUAUUCUGAUGCACCUUGACAUUGCAGCUGUUGAAGUGCUUUGCACGACUCCGGAGAAAUAUCUUAAAACCCAGGCAACUUGGAAAGAAGAAGUGCGUAGCAAGAUGUUGCAGCUGCAGUCUAGUGGAUCACGGUUGCCCAGGUGUGAGGAAGAUCUUGUAAAAAGGAGAAAUGAAGAGCUGAGGCAUGCACAGGAUAUCAGAGAACACUAUGAACGGAAGCUGGAUAGAGUUAACGAUAUUUAUCUUGAAGUACAUGCACAGUUUCUCCAAGUGGCAGAACAAAAGAAACAAUUGCGUGCUAAGACAAAGCAGUUGGAACAGUGGGAGCAACAACUGCGAAAGCGUGAGAAAUAUGUAAAUGUAAUGCAAGCAGGUAUGAAAAAUCAAAAGCAAAGUACAAAGAGACGAAAUCCUCUUUGCAGUAUGUCUACAACCCCAACUUCGCCAGAACAGCAAACAACAAGCCCUGAAUCUCCUAGGAACUGGGCUGAGGGUAACCCUGUCAUGGCAACUCUGGUGGUGAAAGGAGUAUCACAAGCAAAAUCGAUUGUGAGCUGCGGAAGUCCCGGUGAUAAGCAAGUACGACAGAGGAGGUACAGGCAUAGGAGAGUUGGGUCUGGAAGUGGCAGCAGUUCAGCUCUUGCCAGGAGUAGUCCAGGACAUGAGAGGAAGUUGGGGUCGCAAACUGAGCAUCGGCUGGUUGACAGUGAAACACAGACUGAUAUACUCAUGGAUGUCAGUGAGACAGAAACGAGUCCUAGUGCGUGUCUGGCUAAUCGAAAAAUGGCAGCGAUGACAGAGAUGCCGAAGGACUCGGAGUUAAGACUUCCCGCCUUGGAUUCUACAGAAGAGCGUUGUCCUUCUCCGGGUGCAGAAAGUCUCAAUGGAAACAGCUGUAGGCAACCUUGUUCAAGCCCAGAGCCUAACAGCAACAUUCGUUUGACUACCUGCAGUGACGAUGACCACCUAGAUACACUUGACCGCAAAGUGAGUGAAAUUGUCAGUCGAAACCGUGUGCCAUCCCCCACUAAUGGGAACUCUGAGAGUGUGUUAGUAGGGAGGCAGUAUAGCUCAGAAACACUGGACUCUCAGGACCAGAGCUGGUCAGAAGAGGAAGGAGACACCCUGGAUGGUUACAACUACAGCCUGCGGCGACGGAGCAUUGCUCGGAGACCUAUUGCACCAGGUGUGAGGUCCCGCAGAUACAAGCAAGCAGUGGUUGCUGCAACACUCAGCAAUUUGUCAGACGAAGAAAAUACUUCUGAAUACAGCCACCCGCCUUCUAGCCAGUGCUCCACCCUGGAGAGCAACCCAGACCUUUUAAAGUCCAUUACGAAUUUAGGCAACAAACGAGCACAUAGUGACUCCCAAGAUGGAGUAACAUCACCUGGCAGUUCAGAUUCCGAAUCGGACGACGUAAGUGAUAUGACUAUUGGAACACAGCUAGCGAACUCGCCGAAGAUAGAGACAAUUGUCUGAUGGCAGGAAUAUUCGACAUACUCCUUUCCACUGAACUUGAUUCCUUUUAUAAUUAAGUUAAGGUUGUUUUUAGUAACAUAUGACAUUUUAAAAUUUAUGUAUAAUGUACAAUCAUUAUAUACGGAAUGUGAUGAAGUUUAAGAGGUAUGUCGUGACAAUGUUGUUAAUUAUAAGGCAACAUUCCAGAAUUUUUACAUUAAGAAUCAAUUUAGUUUUGGCUACAAUUAGUCACAUUUUCAGGCCACUUUAUUUUCUGCAAAUUAUUUUUUUGAUAUAGAGAGCAGACUGUAAGUCACAUAGCAGAAAAAUUAAGUCACAUCACAACAAUAGGUUUGGCAUGUGCUAGUGUUCACUGUUGACAAUAGAGAAUGAUCUCACAUUAAAUGUUCAUCACAUUCCUUCUAGCUAUCCAUGUUUUAAUGGUGUUUGCAUCAUGAUGGAUGCAGCUGAGAUAUUAAUAAUUUUAUUUAUGUUGUCGUUGCAUGUAGACGUAUUUUAUUGGGCAUCAAGCUGGUGCAGUAAAAUUAGUCAAAUAUUUUACAUUCCAUAUCAGAAGCAGUAUUAUUUUUACGUGUUAUUGAAAUUUGCUUUGAGUGAUAAAGAUUGUAAAACAUGGAUAUAUUAAUGUCUGAAUUGUGGUUUAAAGACUGAAUCUCAGGGACAGGAGUUUGACAGACAGACAUCACAAAAAUAAGUUCACAUUCACUGCCACUCAAUGACUUAUGCAUAUGUACAAAGUUAUUUAAUUACAUAUAUUUCUCAAAGUAAUUUGUGUAGAUGCAUGCUAUCAAUAUUAUAAUGUUUAUGCUGUACAGGUCAAAUAAUGACAUAUUGUCACACACUGUAGAUCAUUUUGUUGUUACUAUACUUGUAGCCAUCAGAUCCUCCCAAGUAGUUUCUUACAGCAAGGUAUUUUAUUUAAGAAGAAAAGAGAGACUUUAGCAUAACUAUGCUACUGGUUAUUGACUGUACAUAAGCAGCACAUCUCAUUCAGAUUUCAUGUACUGUGUAUUUUAUAAUGCCUCUAAAUCUAUUAGUGAUUCACUGUGACUGGCCUGAAAUAUGAUGAGUGUCUGUAAGCUUCUGUCAUGAAUGAAGUGUAUUCACACUUCAAAAAUGUUGCUCUUCUUAGUUUAUAAUUUGUGUGUGUGUGUGUGUGUGUGUGUGUGUGUGUGUGUGUGUGUGUGCGCGCGCGUGUGUGCGUG